AUGUUACCUCAACAAGGAAAUAUAAAGGUCGUCGGUACUCCGAAGUCUGGUUUUCCUUCAAACGUUGUGCAAGUUCUUCAGGCUCGUCCUGGACCUAGUGGCACAACUGUUUAUCAAGCUCGACCAUCUCCAGUUCCAGUUCAAUCACUAAUAACAAACCAGUCUAUUCCGAUCAAUACAAAUACAGCUGCGCAGUAUGCCCGUAAACCUCAGGAGAUGACGAUUGUUACUCCGAGUGGAACUUAUAUGGCUAGCCCUUUGCAAGGUCAACAAUUCGGUCAGGUUGUGAAUAUCGGCCAAGGAAAUGUUGGUCUCGCUCAAACACUGAUUGGAGCCCCUGGGGUUGGUUUAGCUCCUCAAUCAGGUUCUGGGACUCCUCAAGCAGGAAAUAAUCUCGCCAACUCAAGGAAACCCUGCAAUUGCACGAAGUCUCAUUGUCUUAAGCUUUACUGUGAGUGCUUUGCACAGGGUCAACUCUGUCAAAAUUGUAAUUGCAAUCACUGCAUGAAUAACCUUGCCUAUGAGGAAGAACGUGGUAGAGCAAUUAAAAUGACGUUGGAGAGAAAUCCAACUGCUUUUCAUCCCAAAAUUGGUCGUGGAGAGGGUGAGAGAAAGCACACUAAGGGCUGCAACUGCAAAAGAAGCGGUUGUCUUAAGAAUUACUGUGAGUGUUAUGAGGCAAAAAUCAGCUGUUCGGAUUUGUGUCGUUGUCUUGGUUGUCGUAAUACUGAGGAUAGUAUUGAAAGAAGGUCUCUUAUGCGUUUGGCUGCUAUGGGAUCACUUCGGUCUAGGCAACCAAAUGCUUUCAGGAAACAUCUUGUGAAGCCUCCCUCUGAAACCAUGCCGCAUGCUUUUAUAUCUUGGGAGACCAUUGAAGCUACCGCGAGCUGUCUACUUGCUCAAGCUGAGGAUGCCGAAAGGCGGGAGUUACCACAGGCUUCACAAGAGCGUCUGAUUAUUGAGGAAUUUAGUCGAACUUUGGAUCGUAUUGUUGAUGCAACUAGCAAGGCUCAACUUCGCUCGAACACCUCUAUCGUUCCUACAGGAUCAGUUCUCUCAGAUGACAUGGUGGGAGGAUUGGGUUCUAGAGGUGGAAACGGAGGUCUAGGAGGCAUCUCUUCCAUUCAUCAUUCAUCUCACCGCCAUCAUGGCAACGAUGACGACGAUUUGGUUGGUGAAGACGAUGGUGAUGAUGACUUCCAAGAUGUUUCAGAGCAGCCACAUGGGGUUGGCGCCGAAGAUGGCACUGAAUGCUUUGAUGAGGAAGAGGGAGAUCCAGAUGACCUGGACAUGCUUGAUCGCCAUCACUAUCAAAGAAGAUCACACCAAGGAGGGGAGUCGUCGGGUUCCGGAAAAAUGCCAUCUGUGAAAUUUAUUUCACGAUCUGGUACCAGCGGACGUUCAUCGUAUUAUUCAAGGAAAGAUCUCCUAUGA